AUGGGUCUCCCUGCGACCUUCCAAGGUCGCGAUGACGGCAAAAUCAUCGACCGGACGAUAGUCGGGGAGGAAUCACAUAGCUCGCAAAAUGAGAAAUCGGAGGCACGCGAGGCCAACGCCGACAGACCAUCAUAUGAUCCCGAAUCACCCCCCAGUUCGGACGGCUCUCAUGGCGACAUGUUCGACGACGAGAAAGAAUUGGCACAGCACCCUGACAGUAUCACAGAAGGUGCUCAGUUGGGCCAGCAGAAGGCGGAAGCAGCAGCGCUCGCGUGGAGCUGGCCAGCUUUGGUUGGAAUAUAUGCUUGGAUCUGGAUCUGCACAUUUAUGUUAGCAUUUCACUCGAAUAUAAGCGGCUUCCUGAUCAACUACAUCCAGGGAGGGUUCAAGACCGCACCGCAGGUCUCAACUUCCUAUAUUCUGGCGAAUAUUGUGGGCGGCGUUCUUAAACUGCCGCUUGGUAAGACCUUGAACUUGUGGGGUCGUGCUGAGGCCCUGGUGGUCUCGACUAGCAUUUACCUUCUUGGUAUGAUCAUUCUCACCGCAUGUGAUGGUCCCAAUGGAUAUGCGGCGGGUUAUGUGCUGUACUGGAUUGGGUACUACUGCCUAUACCUGAUCUUGAAUGUUUUCGUCGCCGAUACCUCGGGUCUAAGAAACCGAGCGUUCGCGUUUGGCUUUAUGCAGACCCCGUUCAUCUGUACUGCAUUCACAGGGAGUCUUGCAGCAAACUCGAUAUAUCAUAAGUUUGGGUGGCGCUGGGGUUAUGGCAUCUUUUGCAUUGUGAUGCCGUUUGUGUUCUUGCCCCUCGCCAUGGCUUUCAAAUACUUCGAGAAGAAGGCAGAGAAAAAAGGCAUCUUCCGACGACAGCCCAGUGGUCGCACCGUUGGGCAGUCUAUCAUCCACUAUAUUCAUGAAUUUGAUGUUAUUGGCGCUUUCUUGCUCAUGAUUGGUUGGGUGUUGUUCCUCCUCCCAUUCAGUUUGGCACAAUAUGGCCGCUCUACGUAUGCAAGCGCAAGAUUUAUUGCUCUCCUCGUCCUCGGAGUCAUCAUGUUGUGCAUCUUUGCAGCAUGGGAGAGAUGGGGUGCACGAACCCACUUCAUCCGCUACGAGUUGAUCAAGCGGCCGACCAUUCUAGGCGCAUGCAUACUGGCCGCCGUGCUAUUUUUCAGCUUCGAACUCUGGGAUCAGUACUUCUACAACUACAUCCUGAUCUCCUACGAUAUUUCCCCAGUCCAUGCAAAUUACAUGAUCCAGAUUUACAACGUCGGCUCUUGUUUCUUUUCUCCCAUCAUCGGAGCCGUCAUCUGGGCCACUGCGCGCUUCAAAUACAUCUGCCUCUUCUUCGGAGCCCCGCUCAUGAUCCUCGGGUCCGGACUGAUGAUCUACUUCCGUGGUGCUGACCACGGCAUUGGCUACGUUGUCAUGUGUCAGAUCUUCAUUGCCUUCGCCGGCGGCACCCUCGUCAUUGGUGAAGAUAUGGCCGUUAUGGCGGCAGGUGGCCGCGAGGGGACUCCGAUGAUGCUGGCCCUCAUCGGAUUGUUCUCGAACAUCGGCGGUGCGAUUGGCCUCGCUGUUGGCGCCGCUAUCUACAACAAUGUCUUUGUCAAUACCCUCACGACACAAUUGCCGGAUGACUUGAAGGCCAAUGCCACUCAGAUCUAUUUGGGUGGUAUCGCUGUGCAGUCAACCUACCCAUGGGGAACCCCUCUUCGCGAAGCUGUCGCGUAUACGUGGGGCUAUGCUCAGCGCCUGAACUGCAUUGCUUCUACUGCCAUCUUGGCUUUGACAAUUCCUUGCAUUCUGGUCUGGAAGAACUACGAUGUCAACCUGAAGCAAAAUAAGGGUAAAAUGAUCUUCUAG